AUGAUGAUCAUGAAGAAAAAGAUGUGGAAACCUGUUAUGAAAAUAAAAUCAAUAAAAGUGAUUUUUAUUGUUUGAUUUCAAUAAAAUUAAUGUGUUUAAUGAUUGAUGAUGAAGAGGAUUUAUCACAAAUAACGGAAUUAUCAUUGAAAUUUGCUAAAACUGCUAUUAUUUUGACAGAACAAAUGGAAAAUAGAAUAUCGUAUGAUAUAGAUGGAUAUUAUGAAGUUUACGGAUGGGCACAAAUAUUGCACGAAUUAGUGAAAACAUCGACAAGCAGUGAUGAGAAUCAAUUAAAUGUUGGUUACAUGUAUAAAGAUAUACCGAUUGGUUGUAAUUUACAUCAAGUAUACAAAGAUGUACAGCAAUUCUUUAAAUUCUUAUUAAAAAUUUCAAUAUUCUAUUUAAAUAAUAAUGACAACUUCAUUAAUAUGCAACAAUUACCAAAAACUAUACAAGAUUUUAUUCUACAGAAAUCAUAUAAAUGGGAAACGAUCUGUAGGCAAACAUUAUUGAAAAAGAUUAUUGUUAAUACACGUAAUGAUCAAAAGUUUGAUAUACAUUUAGCAUUAUCGUUAUUAAAUGCAUGGGGAUACGAGGAAGCUCUUAAAUGGCUUAAACAUUAUAUAAUGAAAUUUAGUAACAAUAAUGAUUUACUAAAAUUAACAUCAAUAUGUCAAUUAAGCAUUGUUUACAACAAUGAACAUAAGAUUGUGGAUUCAACAAUUAAUAUCGAUCCAAUAUUUGAUAGCGUAAAGACACGUUUAUUGCGUGCAAAAUGGGCACUUAAAUUACAUGACAAUCGAUUAAUCAUCUUAUCAACAACAGAUGUUUUAAAUUUACCAAUGCUUAAGCUAUUACCAUUUAUUAUAAACAAUUUACAAAAACUACAAGAAGAAUCUAUUGGAUUUGAUGCUGAACAUCAGUUAAAUGAAUUUAAAAAACAAUUAACAAUAAUUUUAGACUUUGUUAAUGAUUUUAAUGUUGAUAUUCAUUUCUUAUUAGUAAGAAUAUUAAAAAUUCUAUUGUCAGAAUGGAAACCAACAAUGAAUAAUAUAUUAUUACAGCAAUGUCAGUUAAUUGUUUCAAAACUAGAUAACAAAUUGGAAAUUAAACAACAUCUAGAUGUGAUGAACCUAUGA